CCACAAUGCACCGCUGAAGGACGGCGAAAAAGUUUCUGUCCAAAGUACGAUUCGUUCCUCCCAAAAGAACGUCUAAUGAGAAAACGGUGACCACUGUCAGUGACUGUAGAUAUUUUCGGUCACAUUUAGAUAAAUUCCUCGUGUUCACGUCGUGUUUCAUCAGAAGGAACUUGAACUUUUGUUGUUUUUUUCAGCGCUUCAAAGAACGAGCUUUUCUGCAGCAGCAUGGCUGAGCCAAAAGGAAAAGGAGAGCAGCAGCCUGAAGAUGUUGGUUCAGAUGACUGCCUGACUUCAUACACACACAUCUACAGUCCAGAUCUGCUAAAGGAUCAGGUUGCUUUCAUCACUGGUGGGGGAUCUGGGAUUGGACUCCGUAUAGCUGAAAUCUUCAUGAGGCAUGGCUGUCACACAGCGAUUGCCAGCAGGAACUUAGAUAAGCUCAAAGAGGCGGCCAGCAAGCUGUCUGCUGUGACAGGACGCCGCUGUCUUCCUUUGCGCAUCGAUGUGAGGCAGCCUGAGAGCAUCGCUGCUGCCGUGGACGACACGCUGAAGGAGAUGGGCCGUAUAGACAUCCUUAUUAACAAUGCUGCUGGAAACUUCCUCUGCCCUGCCGCGUCGCUGUCCUUCAGCGCCUUCAAAACCGUUCUGGAGAUAGACACCAUGGGAACAUUUAACACCAGCAAGGUGGUUUAUGAGAAGUGGUUCAAGGAUCAUGGUGGAAACAUUGUGAAUAUUUCUGCAACGGUUGGAUACAAGGGGCAGGCCCUCCAGGUGCACGCUGGCUCUGCAAAGGCAGCAAAUGAUGCCAUGACCAAGCACCUGGCUGUGGAGUGGGGGCCCAGUGGGGUGAGAGUCAAUACUGUGGCUCCAGGUCCGAUCUCUGGUACAGAGGGUUACCGCAGACUAGGUGGCCCUCGAAGCGAAGCUGCUGGCAUCUUCCAGUCCAUCCCUUUGCAGCGAGCUGGCAACAAGACAGAGAUGGCCCACUGCACUCUUUUCUUGGCCAGCCGUGCGUCUUCUUUCGUGACUGGAGCCAUCCUGGUGGCGGAUGGCGGCUCGUGGCUGACUUCCGCCAAUGACGUCUCCAUGCUGCUGGGUAUAACCUCCUCUAAAUCUGCUAAACUCUGAACUGGGGCUCUCCUGACCUCCUCCUGACUCAGGUUAUUGGUCAUCUGAAAAGAAAAGAGACAAGUAAAUGCUGAAAACAAGAGUAUUUUAGCGCCCAUUUGUCGUACCGAUAUGCUCCAUGCACAGUAUUUGUGGUUUAUCUCACCCACUGGUGCCUUAACAGUGGAGUAGAACACUAACAUAAUACACUAACUGUUUCGUAAGCCUUUUAUGGUAUUAGUAAUUAGUCAAAUUAUAUGACAAAAACAUUUCUAUCCAUUCCAGUGCUGAGUAUUAUGUAAUCAUGCAUUUCAUGUUUAUCGCAUGCCACUUCAUGUCGUCCUCUCAUUUAUUAAUAAAAGCCUAUAAUUUAAGUGUGA